UUCAUUAGGAAGCAACAUCUGCGUUUUACGUGUGGGCUGAAGGUGUGUUUGAUGCUCUCUAGUGAGUAAGCAGGCUUCAGUGCAAGCUAAUGUUUUUGCAGCCUUAUUUUGGAUUUUAUCAGCAACUAUGAAGCAAAAUCUGUUAUUUUAUUCAGAGGCCUUCUCAUCUUAUUCAAAGACAUUUCUCACCAGCGUCACAGGGAGCUCUGGGAACUCUUCCCCUUCUCCGAUCUGUGGACAUGGGUGGCAAGCAGUCCACGGUCGGCGAAGUCUCCAUAGUUCAGACACCUGUGACAGAGAACAUUCAGGCUGCUUACAAAGUGGGAGACACCAGUAAGGCCCAAGAACUGAUUAAGCUGUCAUGUGAGGAGACUGCAUUGCAAGUAGAAAAGUGUCAGCUUUUGGGCAUUGCAGCAGCGUAUGGAGAUCUGCAGGCGGUGAGAUAUUUACUGAAGGAAGCAUUAGUGGUGUUACCAACAGAACCUAAUGAUGACAAUGCUGCUGUGGUGGCUGCUUAUUUUGGACAUAAGGACGUAGUGAAAGAGCUGCUGGACUCCUUGCAUGGUCCUAGUACUUGCCAGCAACUCCUGAACUGGAUGCUGGCCAUAGCGUGCCAGCAGGGACACUUGGACGUGGUCAAACUUCUCAUUCGCGCCUAUAGUGCUGACCCGGAGAGCUGCGCGGUCAGGAGGAACGAGUUUCCAGUUCUGAUACGUUUGCCCCUGUACGCUGCUAUAAAGGCAGGGAAUGAAGAUGUAGCUGUGUUCUUGUUACGGAAUGGUGCUUUUUUCUGCUCCUACAUCCUGAUGGACAGUCCGGAAUCAAGCAAACACCUUCUGAGGAAGUACUUCAUUGAGACAAGCCCACUACCAGGUAGUGCUCCAGCAAAAACAGCUUUGUGUGUGAACUGGUCAAACCUCAAGCUGCCCUGGGUGGAUCUGGACUGGCUCAUCGAUAUCUCCUGCCAGAUAACUGAGCUCGACCUGUCUGCCAACUGCCUGGUCUCCCUUCCAUCCGUGGUUCCCUGGGGCCUGAUAAACCUGCGCAAGCUCAGCCUGGCUGACAACCAGCUCACGGAGUUACCCAGCGUCCAGUCGUCUGAUGAAAUUAUUUGUACCAGGUUACUUGAGGUCGACGUGUCCAGCAACAGGCUCUCUACCCUCCCUUCUGGAUUCCUACAUCUUAAAAACCUUAAAAAGCUCAUUGCUGCCAAAAACUAUAUGGAGAAGUUAUUUGAUGAGGAAAACGCAACUAACUGGAUUGGUUUAAGGAAGCUGCAGGAGUUUGACAUCUCUGACAACAGGUUGGUGGAACUUCCAACGGUUUUUCUAUACUGCUUCAAGUCCCUAAACAUACUGAAUGUUUCCAGAAAUCAGCUGAAAGUGUUUCCAGAUCCCUGGGCCUGCCCCUUGAAAUGUUGUAAAGCAUCUAGAAACUUGCUGGAAUAUUUACCUGAUGCAUUGACUAUUUUUUGGAAAAAUCAUCUCAAAGAAGUGGAUUUUUCUGAGAACUCGCUAAAAGAAGUUCCGCCGGGACUCUUCCAGCUGGAAGCUUUGGUGUCUCUGAAGUUGCUGGGAAAUCAGUUAUCUGCAUUGCCUUCGCCAGAUAAGUGGAACUGCAAGCAACUUAAAACACUGGAUCUUUCUAAAAACCAACUUGGGAAGAAUGAAGAGGGAUUUAAAACAAAGCGGAUUCCCUUUUUCACCACGAAGAGCCGGGCGCGCUCUGGCCCCGAGGCAGGUUCUUUUUUGGAGUUCCCAGCAUUUCUGAGUGAUUCUUUGGAAGUCCUUUAUCUGAACGACAAUCAGCUGGACUCUGUCCCGCAGUCCGUUUGCCUUCUGAAAGGUUUAACAGAACUUUAUUUAGGAAAUAACCCUGGUAUCCGAGAGCUUCCUCCAGAGCUUGGACAGCUGGCUAAUCUCUGGCAGCUGGAUAUCGAAGAACUAAAUAUCAGUAAUGUUCCUGCAGAGAUCAGAAAAGAGGGCCCUAAAACUAUGCUGGCGUAUUUACGAGCACAGUUACGCAAAGCAGAGAAGUGCAAACUGAUGAAGAUGAUCGUCAUCGGUCCCCCGCGACAGGGAAAGUCGACACUGAUUGAGAUCCUGCAAACUGGAAAAGUCCCUCAGAUGAUGCACAGUGAUGCCACCAUCCGUACGACAAAGUGGGAGCUCCCCAAGCCAGUAGGACACAAGGCAAAGGUUGAUUCAGUGGAGUUCAACGUCUGGGAUAUCGGCGGCCCGGCGAGCAUGGCUACAGUCAAUCAGUGUUUCUUCACAGACAAAGCAUUGUACAUAGUUGUAUGGAACUUGGCACUGGGGGAAGAAGCUGUUGCAAACUUACAGUUCUGGUUGCUGAACAUUGAGGCCAAAGCUCCAAAUUCGGCGGUGCUGGUGGUAGGAACACACCUUGAUUUAAUUGAAACAAAAUUCCGUGUUGAGAGGAUAGCAACCCUGAGAGCGUACGUCUUGGCUCUCUGUCGAUCUCCCUCUGGAUCCAGAGCAACCGGCUUCCCAGACAUCACAUUCAAGCACCUGCACGAGCUCUCCUGUAAAACUCUGGAAGGCCUCGAUGGGCUCCGCCAGCUGAUUUUUCAUGUCACGUGCAACAUGAAGGAUGUCGGCAGCUCAAUUUGCUCGCAGAAGCUCGCAGGGAGAUUGAUACCCAGAAGUUACCUUAGUCUUCAAGAAGCUGUCCUUGCAGAGCAGCGUAAGAGAAGUCAGAAUGAUGAUGUGCAGUAUUUAACGGACAGACAAAUAGAGCUGAUGAUUGAGCAAACCCCAGGAAAUGAUAUCAAAGACUACGAAGACUUGCAAACUGCAAUUAAUUUUCUCAUAGAAACGGGUACGCUGCUGCACUUCCCAGACACAAGCCAUGGCCUGAGGAACCUCUACUUCCUUGACCCAGUCUGGCUCUCUGAGUGUCUGCAGAGGAUUUUCAACAUCAAGAGCUCCAAGUCGGUGGCGAAGAACGGUGUCAUCAGAGCAGAGGAUCUCAGGAUGCUGCUGGUUGGGACGGGUUUCACUGAGCAAACGGAAGAGCAGUAUUUCCAGUUCUUGGCCAAGUUUGAGAUUGCAUUGCCAGUAGCUAAUAACAGCUACCUCCUCCCACAUCUGCUGCCUACCAAGCCUGCUUUAGAUAUCCACGGCUUCUGCCACCAGACCACAAACACAGUCCAAAGGGUCUUCAAGAUGAGUUUCGUCCCAGUUGGCUUUUGGCAAAGAUUCAUAGCCCGAAUGUUAAUCAGCCUGGCGGAGAUGGACCUCCAGCUUUUUGAAAACAAGAAGAACACCAAGACACGAAACAAAAAGGUGACCAUCUACAGCUUCACAGGCACCCAGAGAAACCGCUGCAGCACGUUCCGAGUCAAAAGGACUCACACUGUUUACUGGCAGGAAGGUCUGUUCGUUACCUUUGAUGGAGGCUAUCUUAGCGUGGAGUCUUCUGAUGUGAACUGGAAGAAGAAGAAAAGUGGUGGCAUUAAAAUCAUUUGCCAGUCAGAAGUGAGAGAUUUUUCAGCAAUGGCAUUCAUCACAGAUCAUGUCAACUCUUUGAUAGACCAGUGGUUUCCUGCCCUCACGGCCACGGAGAGCGACGGCACGCUGCUGAUGGAGCAGUACGUGCCCUGCCACAUCUGCGCCGCUUCCAGGCCGGAGGAGAGCGGCGAGAAGGCGGAGGACGCGCAGUACUUCAACAUGGAGGACUGUGUCCUCACUGCCAUAGAGCUGGACUGCAUCACGUGUCCCAACCACCCCGAGGUCCCUGUUUCUCUUCAGGAGCUUGUUCCAGAGCUCUUCAUGACAGAUUUUCCUGCCAGACUGUUCCUGGAAAAUAGCAAACUGGAAUACAGCGAAAAUGAAAACCAAGUUCUUGGCCAGGGUGGAAGUGGGACUGUUAUAUAUCGGGCACGAUACCAAGGAAAACCAGUGGCCGUGAAGAGAUUUCAGAUUAAAAAAUGCAAGGGUUCUCCUACAUCGGCAGCAGAUACGAUGCUGAAGCACCUGCGAGCCAUGGACGCCAUGAAGAACUUCUCCGAGUUCCGGCAGGAGGCCAGCAUGCUGCACUCGCUGCAGCACCCCUGCAUCGUGUCCCUCAUCGGCAUCAGCAUCCACCCGCUGUGCUUCGCCCUGGAGCUGGCCCCUCUGGGCAGCCUCACCACCGUCCUCUCGGAACACUCCAAAGGGUCAUCCUUUGUGCCGCUGGGACACAUGCUGACCCACAAAAUAGCGUACCAGAUAGUAACGGGCCUUGCCUACCUGCAUAAGAAGAACAUCAUCUUCUGCGACCUGAAGUCAGACAAUAUUUUGGUGUGGUCCCUGGACGUCAAAGAGCACGUCAACAUCAAGCUCUCCGACUACGGCAUCUCCCGGCAGUCGUUCCACGAAGGCGCGCUCGGCGUGGAGGGCACGCCGGGCUACCAGGCGCCCGAGAUCAGGCCUCGCAUAGUCUACGAUGAAAAGGUCGACAUGUUCUCUUAUGGGAUGGUGCUGUAUGAGCUGCUGUCUGGUCAGCGGCCGGUGCUGGGUCAGCACCAGCUGCAGAUUGCAAAGAAGCUCUCCAAAGGGAUCCGUCCUGUCCUGGGGCAGCCGGAGGAGGUGCAGCUCUACCGCCUGCAGGCGCUCAUGAUGGAGUGCUGGGACACUAAGCCAGAAAAGCGUCCACUGGCCAUUUCUGUGGUAGGACAGAUGAAAGAUCCUACGUUUGCAACUUUUAUGUACCUGCUGUCCUGCGGGAAGCAGUCUUCCUUCUUCUGCUCCCAAGGACAGGAGUAUACUGUGGUGUUUUGGGAUGGCAAGGAAGACACCAGAAACUACACAGUGGUGAAUCCUGAGAAAGGAGUGAUAGAAGUGGAGAGGAUGAGCUGCCCAGGAAUGAAGCUUUGCUGCCAGCUGAAAUUUCAGAACAUGCUCUGGGCCGCUACGGAGGACCAGAAGAUUUCUGUGUACGGGCUGCAGGGCAUGUGUCCUCUGAAGGUGCCGCAGAAGGGCUUGGACACUCCCGCUGCCGUGAGCUGCUUCCUUGUCAUGCCCGUCGUCAGAAAGAACUCCUACGUGGUGCUGGCCGGGCUGUCCGACGGACUCGUGGCGGUGUUUUCAGUGGUGCACGGUAUCCCCGGGGACAACUGCUCCUACCUGUGCUCCCACACAGCCAACAGGUCCAAAUUCAACAUUCCCGACGAGGACCCGCGGCAGAACCCGUACCCCGUGAAGGCCAUGGAGGUGACGCAGAGCGGCGCCGAGGUCUGGUACAGCAACGGGCCCGGCGUCCUCGUCAUCGACUGCGCCACCAUGGAGAUCAGCAGGAGGCUGGAGCCCUUCAGCCCACCCUCGGUGAUCACCUCCAUCGCGUGCAACUCCGAGUGCCACGGCGAGGAGGUGGCCUGGUGCCUGGACGACAAAAGCAACUUCCUGGUCAUGUAUCACGUCAGCACCUACCAGCUCUGCGCGCGCUACUUCUGCGGGGACUGCAGCCCCCUCCGGGACAUGUUCACCAUCCAGCAGCCCUGUGCGGCCAUCCCGGCCACGACACCCAUCAACCGCAAGGCGCCCGAGAGGAACUCGCUGGUGGAUAUGAGCAUUAUCUACAGCCCAGAGGUUGGCACCCAGAUCCUAAACCACCAGGACUCGCUCACCGAUUAUUGCUCUGUGUCUUCCUACUCCUCCUCGCCUCCUCACAUGGUCGCCCGCUCCUCCUUCAGCCUGCCCAGCUCGCCCAUGAGCUCUUCCAGUGCGCCGCUUUCCACCGAUUUUGAGGAGUCUGACAAAUUUCAUGACCUGAAGCCGUCCCCAGACCAUGAUGCGAUGCCUGCGGGCGACCACGCGCAGCAUCUCCAAGCUGUGAAGAUUCUGGCUGUCAAAGACCUCAUAUGGAUCCCCAGGAGAGGAGGGGACAUCAUCGUGAUCGGCCUGGAGAAGGAGUGCGGCACGCAGCGCGGCAGGGUCAUCGCCGUGCUCAAGGCCGGCGAGCUGGCUCCCUACGGGACGCUGGUGGACGCCGCUCUCGUCGCGAAGGACACCGUGGUCUGCUGCUUCGCCAACGAACACGGCGAGUGGUGCCUGGCUGUCUGGAGGGGCUGGAGCGCCAGGGACUUCGACAUCUUCUACCAGGCCUACGAGGAGCUGGGCAGGCUGGAGACCUGCAUGCGCAAGAGGAGGUAGUGCCGGUGGCCCUGG